CGGAAAUAAAGAACCGGUGCUCGGCUCUUGCAAUUUAUCCUAGCCAAGGGGGACAGCGGUCAAAACCAUUUCCUUGUUUUCUCUGUUUAUGUGUGAACAAACAUGCAUUCUGUUAUAUUCUUUUGGUGAUGUCAGUAUUCACUGAAUAUGGUACAGGCUAGCUAGAUACAGUGAAUAUGGUGCGACAUAGCAAGAUACAGAAACAGGUUCUGAGUUUGUAUCGAGACUUUCUUAGAGUUGCUAAAACACGCCCUGGGCUGGCCAACUAUGUGAGAAAUGAAUUCAAGAAGAAUGCUGAAAUUCCACGCACAAACACUCUACAGAUUGAACAGGUUUACAGACGUGGCGUGAGGCAGCUUGAGAUGUUGCAACGGCAAGACGUGAAAGGCGUUGGUGUAUUUACUAAAACAGAAUAAAAGAGUAGAUUCACAAGUUCUAUAUUUCCAUGUUGAGCUCUGAGAUACUUUUUGUUACUUAAAUUUGAAAUUACAGAACUUGCAAGUGAAAACGGUUAUUUCAGUUAAGAUUUGAAUUUGGUAAAGAAGAGCAAAGAUGUCACUUCUGAGAACAUUUUCGUCUGAAGUUACAGUUGUGAAGUCGGACGUAUUUCAGCGGGUUUUAGCUGGAUUUCCUGCAGGGAUACAAAUGGCAUUUGCGUAUGGAUCAGGAGUUUUCCAGCAGACUGGAACAGACAUGUCUAAAAACAUGCUCGACUUUGUUUUUGUUGUUGAUCACCCAGAAGAGUGGCAUAGAGAAAAUAUCGACAGAAAUUCUAAACAUUAUUCUUUUUUGAAGCGCUUAGGUCCAAAAACUGUGACAAAAAUCCAAGAUCGCUAUGGCGCUGGUAUAUAUUUUAAUACCCUCGUUCCUUUUGAACAAAGAUUGAUAAAGUAUGGUGUCAUAGGUACAGAUGUAUUAAUUUCCGAUUUGAUGAAUUGGGAUUCGUUGUAUGUUAGUGGACGAUUACAUAAACCGGUGAAAAUUGUAAAGAAGCCGCAUUCGGCGAGACUCAUUCAAGCUUUACACACUAACUUGUGUAGCGCUGUUCAUGCAUCCCUGUUACUUUUGCCGGAGACUUUUACGGAAAAUGAUUUGUACACAACAAUAACUGGUCUAUCAUAUAGCGGGGAUUUCAGAAUGAAGUUUGGAGAGGAUAAGGGAAAAGUGUCUAAAAUCGUUGCUCCAAAUUUUCCUUAUUUCAACAAACUUUAUAAACCCAUUUUAGACGAUACUAUGUACUUAAAGUACAAUGAUCAUAUAAAUAGGUUUAUUCAUUACCAGAAUGAAGUUACGAGGUUCUAUCAUCUAAAUCACAUACCGCGUGUUGUCGUGGAAGAAUUGCUGGCAAUCCGUAAAAAAUCGUUCCCCAAUAUAUACCCAGAUGUUGAGGAUAUUGUUCGGAGUACAGCGUUAGAUAGCGAUUGUGCCAAGUACGUGUCUGAAAGUAUUUCGAAUAUAGUGAACAAGUCAAGCUGGAGUCAGAGUAUAAAGAGUAUAUUGACAGCUGGAGUUCGCAAGAGUAUUAGGUAUAGCUGGAGCAAAGUUAAGAAAAUGUUAAAAGGAAUGAAAUCUAAGGCUGACAGUAAAUGAAAAAUAAGAAAUUGGUUGCAUGGAUAAUUACACAUUAUUUCGGUCCGAAACUAAAUAUGUUUAUUUUUGAUAAUUACAACUCUUAUAGAGGAGAAUGUAAAGUGCUCCAUAAAAUUUAUUUUUACACUGUGAAAUUAUCUGUUUGAUGAAGCUAUUUGGCAUUUUUUUUCAGUUUAAGGAUUCAAGCAAAUAAAUGUUUUUCAGCUACUUAACUCAGAAUGUUAUGUUUUGUCCAAAAAGUUGUAAACAUAAUGAUAUAAAAUGUACUUUUAUACAGUUAUCAACCACAUUGAAAACAGUAACUGAACAUUUCAAACCACAAUUAACAUUAUCUUACAGAUAGGAACAAUCUUCAAUCAGUCAUCAAGGAGAAGAUACAAUGCCAAACAUGGGAUUCAAACCUAUGGCCUCUUAAAGGUGUAUGCUAGAAUUCAGGGCGAAAUUUUUCCCAAUAAUAGAAUUUCUUCAAACUUUGGACAUUGAAGGACAAUCAUCUAAGAAACAAAAAUAUGCAAUAAAAAUCAUGGGUCACCGGUAUUGAAAAAGAGUUAUAUGCCCUUGAAAAUGGCAUUUUCCCCAAAAUUGCAAAUUUCGCCCAUCUCAUAUAUAAUGUAGAGGGACUUUCAUAAGAAGUUGUUUGUUGUACAUGUACUUGAUAUGAUAGAGUAUGUUUGUUAAAUAUUUAUCUGCUUUUCUUAUUACUCAUAUAGGCACACUAGCUAAAAAUAAUACAAUCCUCUAGAAAGGACUGUUUCGAUAAUUGUAUUUGAAGGUAUUUGCACCAAAGUUCAUAUUUGUAAAAGCAAUUGUAGAAGAUCUUAUUCUGAGAAAGAGUUGUCUCGAAAAAAGUGAUCCUUCCAACUUAUUAUGAGGGGAAGGGAGAACACUCUGCAAGAACUAUUGUUGGACUUGAUUUCAGAAGGUGAUUUAAAUCUCCUGCAAUAAAAUUAAGUCACACAUUUCAUUACCACUUUGCAUGGGAAAAAAAAACCAUGACUUAUUGUUAAUACAGAUUGAUUUUAAUUUAGACAUCAGUUGGUAACAAAUCAGUGUUUUGAAAAGAUACAACUAUAAGUAUGAAUUCAAGAAAUGCUCUCGGGAAAUUGCGACAUCUGUCAAAUUUUUACAAGAAGUCAUAAAGCAUAGAAUUUCUCAAGGUGGUAUGUUAAUAAAGAGAAACAUGUACUGCAUAUGUAUAUAUGUAUGUACUUAACAAAUGUAUUCAGUUUUACUGAAAGUACAUUUUUGAAAUUUUGCGUACUCUCAUAUCAGUAAGUCAUUAAUAAUAUUUCCUAAAACUAUGCCAUCAUAUAAAUUUACUCAUUUUACCACUUAAGGUAGUUCUGCACGUUCGACUGAGCCGCUCAAAAAAAUUUCUACAAUGUAGAAUUUGAUUCACAUGUAACACUGAUUUUUCAGAACUUCAGAAUAUAGUAAAAAAAAUUCUGCAAAUAAAAAAAGAUGGGGUCGUGUGCUUGAUUUUUUUUGCUAGACUGGUUUGAAAAAUUCGGGCUUAACACAAGUUUUCAUAAUGGAAAUUUAUGGGAAAAUCACAAUUUUGUUAACAUUUUUGUGAAUAGAAAUUUUUUCUACAAUGUACAUUUUAAUGAAACCUCUCAUAUUCGUAAAUAAACAAAUGGCCUGUAAUAUAGUGAAAUAUAAUGUAUAUGUCUGUAUGUUAGUUGUUUUUAGAUAUUUGCUCAAGAUUAAAUUGAUUGCACAUUUCAAGCUGAUUUUAAAAGAUUAUUAAGAAUGAUUUAACAUGCCAGAUGCUUUAGUUACAUAUUUUAUCUUUAGAUACAUAGUAACAUUGUGAAAUAAUAACUUUACCCGCAGAUUUCCAGUAUUCAUAAAAUUGAUUUUCGUUCCAGUGUGCCGAGUCUAGGCUUUAUUCUACAUUUUCCAGAUAAAUGACGUUACGCCAUUACUUCCGGUUUAUCAGACAUGCAGAAAUACCUUGAACCCUUUCUUGAAAAGUCACAAGUAUGAACUAAAGUGUCUAGAAUUGACAAAGUAGCUAAAAACCGUUAUAAAGGAAGAACAUGACAGCAAAAACAAAAUGAUGUCUUUGUCUUACCAUAUCAUCAGAGAGCAUUUAAUUUUUGUGUAAUAUGUAACCAUUCUCUUGUAAAACUUCCAACUUUACACCUCUUUAUCCUUAGAAAUGUUAUUGACCCAUUUUCUAAAAGCACAACUCAGAUGUAUUUUUGUGGGUUUUUUUGAAAAUGCUGCAUGUGGCAGUAAAUUGAAUAAAAUUAUGUAUAUCUUUGCAAUGGUAGUUUAAUAAGUUUAGAAUUUUGAUUUUUUACUUACAACAUAUUGAUCUAAAUGUGUAUUUGAUUUUAGAAAAGUACUUUCAGUAAUGUUUAUGAUACUGGCAAAAUAGCUAAUGGUGAUGUAACAGUUUUGUUCAGUUUAGAUAAAUUUGUCAAACAUUUUGACUCAAAAUAUGCAACAAAUAUCUAGAAAUAUGAGAAAAUGAAAAAAAAAAAAACAUCUUAAAUAAUGCUUGAAGAAUGACUGUUCUAUCCUCUAUUUCAGGUAACAGAUGUUUAAUUUUCAGUUACUUCUAAGAUAGGAUAAGAAGUAACAAAGUGUGAAUUGAAAAAAUAUAUAUUCCAGAGAAAAUUAUUAUUCAGGUUGUUUCCCUUUAGUAAAGAGGUUUAUGAAUAAUGUUUCAAAGGUUGGUAACAAUUUAACAUUAAAAGAAUUCAUCACUUAAGUUCUACUAUAUUGAAGAACAAAAUUUAUGUAGAAAAAUGUACACUUACGCACAUUUGUAAACUGUUCACAGGCUACAUCUGUAUUUGUAGACACUGAAUAGUUGUUAAGAUAUAGAAAGUCUAUGCAAUUAUGAUUUGUUUUUGUAUUAAAGAGAACAGUACCGUGUAAUGAU